CUAUCCGCGACCCUGCCCUCUUUCCCUCCCACUCCUCCCUCCCCGCCGCCGCCGCCUCCCCAACCUGCUCGAUGGACCAGACGCCGCAGCGCCGCCGCCGGAGAAGCGCCGAGGUCGCCCCCUCCGAUGGCGCUCCUGUCGCGGCGGAGUACAGCCUCGACGAGCCGACCAUGGCGGAGAAGCUCGCGGCCCUGAGCCCGCCCGCCGAGGCGGCCGGUGGCGCCGCCGUGGUGCCCCCCAGCGCGGACUCCGUCCACGUCUUGCUCAGGCAGGCCCUGCAGGCUGACGACCGCGCCGCGCUGCUGGGCUGCCUGUACAACAGAGAUGGCAAGGUUAUCGUGAAGUCGGUAUCACUCCUGACGCCAGCAGACGCUGUGAAGUUCCUCAAAUCCCUGAUAUCACUCAUGCAGUCUAGGGGUUCAGUGCUGGUUUGCUUGCUCCCAUGGCUUCAAGCUCUGCUUAGCCGACACAUGAGCAGCAUAGUAUCUCAGGAUUCUUCUCUGCUGCUGCUCAACUCGCUUUAUCAGCUGAUUGACGCAAGAACAUCGACCUUCGCAUCGUCGCUCAAACUGUCUACCUGCCUGGAUUAUCAUUUCAGCGAGAUCUGCGAUGAUGAAUCCGAUGAAGAAGAGGGAGGCCCUCCGCUUAUCUACGAGGACAUGGAUUCUGAUGAGGAAGAUUCUGAAGUUGAUGAUGCUAUGGAAACUGAGGACAAGGGCACUGAUGAGGAAGAUUCCGAGGUCGACGAUGCCAUGGAAACAGAGAGAAAGGGGACUGACAAGGAAGAGUCUGAAGUUGAUGAUGAGUGAAAGAGAUCACAGCAUUUGAACUCUGGUUACUAGUAACUGUACUGUAACUGAUUGAGACACACUGCAUUUGCAAUUCUAUUUUGUUGUGUCACACACAGGAAGUUUUGAUCAUGGUGAAAAUUCCUUAAA